AUGGCUGAGCCAUUACAGAUAUCCCCAAGGCCUCGCUCAACCAGAAUAUCAUCGCCAACCAAUGCUGCUGCUGAAGAUAAUCAAUUGGGAUUAAAAGUCUCGAAAUUAUUGGCUAAUUCAGUCGAAGACGUCAAGACUAAAGCGGCACUUGAAGCGCUUUCAGAAGUAUACCAAGACAAUACUGAAACAGCUCGGAGAAACUUGAGGGGGAACGUUGAAAAAAGAUCAAUCGACAUGAACAAAAAGCUGCUACAAGUAUUUGAAAAAGUCACAGAGCAACUAUUGUUAAUAGAACAAGAAGUAAAGUCGAUAAAUACAAAUUAUGAUGACAUUAGCAAAAGACUCAAUUCUGCUAACCAGCAGACAGCUCUGUUGUUGGAACAAUGUGGCAACUUAAAGACACAGAGAGAAAAUUGCAAAAUGCGCAAGAUGCUCAUAGACGCCUUCCUGGAUCGGUUCACAUGUUCAGAGAAAGAAAUAACCAUUCUUACAUCACUUGAUGUUGAAAUUGGUCCCGAGUUCUUUGAGGCCUUAAACCACUUGCAAAAGAUAUAUAGUGAUUGUGAUGCACUAUUAAUCACUGAGAAUCAGAGGGCUGGGUUAGAGAUUAUGGAAAGAAUGAAUGCAUACCAAGAGAUAGCCUUUGAUAAAUUAUAUAAAUGGACACAGACUGAAGCUCGAUCUCUGGGACAGGACAACUUGGAAGUAUCUAAUACCAUAAGCCUAGCAUUAAAAGCCUUGAGACAAAGACCUACGCUAUUUCAAUAUUGUCUGGAAGACUUGGUACAUAUUAGGAGGACUGCAAUACUUAAUCUCUUCAUGAAUGCACUCACGAGGGGAGGACCAAAUGGAACACCAAAGCCGAUCGAAUCGCAUGCACAUGAUCCAUUCCGUUACAUUGGAGAUAUGUUAGCUUGGGUGCAUCAAGCUGUUGCCGGGGAGCAUGAGUUUUUACAAGCAUUAUUUGACGUUGUUGAAGACAAUGUGGAAGAAAGCCUUGAAGAUAAGCAUCCAUUAACUAGUGUUGAGAGAGAAAGUGAUGAUAUUAUCAUACAAUAUUUAUUAGACGGAGAUCUUGAAGGGAUAUGUCGACCAUUGAAGACAAGAAUAGACCAAGUUUUGGGUCUGCAGACUGGCGCGAUUACAGCGUAUCGCAUCCUAAAUCUCAUACAAUUCUAUAAAAUAACUAUUGCAAGAAUACUGGGACCUAGUGCAGCUUUAUCGAACGCUUUGGAAAGUAUCCUGAAGUCCGCAUCCCGUGUCUUCUUUGACACUUUAAAUGCGCAAGCAGAACAGCUGUUAAAAUAUAUGCAGUUACCAAACAACGACCUGUCAGCACCGCCAGCAGUUAAAGAAACUAUACUACAAUUGAAAGAAAUUAUGGCAUCAUAUGAUAAGUCUCUCGUUACUCCCACAGAACGUGAAGCUGACUUUAGCAGCGUGUUAGAUGCGAUUUUGAACCCAUUGCAGCGAAUGUGUGAACUGGGUGCCAAAGACUUGUCUCGCUUCAGCCAAGCAAUAUAUAUGAUCAAUUGCUUGUACUAUAUUCAGUCUUCUUUAACUCAAUAUAACUUUACAAAAGGACGCAUCCAAUCACUUGAAGAGCAAAUUGGACAAUAUAUGGAUAUUUUAGCCGAGGAACAGUAUAUAAACCUCUUGGAGCAAUCAGGUCUAGCCCCAAUAAUGCAUGCGAUAGAGAUUAAAGAUGAGGAUACGCCUCUUUCCCUUGUGCCCAAUAUGGAUACAAAAUCCUUAUCGACUGCGAUGGCUAAGCUGGAUUCCUUCCUGACACUAUCUGAUUCAGAAACGCUUAGACUUUCGGGACAACCAGCCCAUUUGGUCAAAAGUGUAAAUGAUAAGGUGUUCUCAAUGUUUAUAGACACCUACAGGAAGGUCACAAAUGCUAUCAAAGAUCCCAAGAAUCGUUACGAAUUUCCGGCCACUAUUCUGGUUCGUACGGUUAAUGAAGUAGAGACUCUUUUAUCUUUCGAUUGA